UCUGACUGGAAAGCCUGAUGGAGACCCUGCUAGUUUACCUGAUGGUCCUUGGCAUGGCUGUAAAGGCCCACAAGGUCCAGCUGUGCCCAAAACGCUGUGUCUGCCAGAUGCUCAACCCCAACCUGGCAACCCUCUGCGACAAGAAGGGCCUCCUCUUCGUCCCCCCAAACAUCGACCGGCACACCGUCGAGAUGCGUCUGGGCGAUAACUUCGUCACGAGCAUCAAACAGCGGGACUUUGCCAACAUGACCAAGCUUCAGGACCUGACGUUGUCUCGGAACACCAUCGGUUCCAUCUCGCCUCACGCCUUUAAAGAUCUGGAGAACCUCAGGGCCUUGCACUUGGACAGCAACCGUCUGACGAGGCUCACCAACGACACCUUCAGCGGGAUGUCCAAACUUCACCAUCUCAUUCUUAACAACAACCAACUGAUUCAUAUCCACACUGGGGCCUUCAAUGAUCUCACGGCUCUAGAGGAGUUAGAUCUGUCCUACAACAACUUAGAAAGCACCCCCUGGGUGGCCAUCCAGAGAAUGACCAGUCUCCACACCCUGGGCUUGGACCACAACAUGCUUAGCUACAUCCCUAUAGGAACCUUCUCCGGCCUGCAGAAGCUCAAACGGCUUGACGUCACCUCCAACAAGCUCCAGAAGCUUCCGCCAGACCCUGUGUUCCAGCGGGCUGGGGUUCUGGCCACGUCAGGAAGCAUGGGUCCGUCGUCAUUCGCGUUGAGUUUUGGGGGGAACCCACUGAGGUGUAACUGUGAGCUGCUGUGGCUGAGGAGGCUGAGGCGGGAGGAUGAUCUGGAGACAUGUGCGGCUCCGCAGCACCUGGCUGGGCGGUACUUCUGGACCGUGUCUGAAGAAGAGUUCCUCUGUGAACCGCCUCUCAUCACCAGACACUCCCAGGAGCUGCGAGCGCUGGAGGGUCAGAGUGUAGCUCUGCGCUGUAAGGCCAGGGGCGACCCAGACCCCAUCAUCCACUGGAUUGCGCCAGACGGCCGGCUCAUGUCCAAUUCCUCCCGGGCUAUGGUGCACAGUGACGGGACUCUGGACAUCCUCAUCACCACUGUGAAGGACUCAGGCUCCUUCACCUGUGUUGCCUCCAACCCGGCCGGGGAGGCUCAACAAACUGUGGACCUGGUGAUCGUCAAACUCCCACACAUCACCAACGGUACUGUGAAGAAGGAACCGAACCCAGGUUCUUCUGAUAUCGCCACGGUAAUGAAGACGGCUGGGGAAGGCGGAAGCGUGGUGCCACUGGGAAACACGAAGACGAGCCAGGAGAAGAAGGUGGUGAUCACUGAGGCAACGUCUACCUCCGUCCUGGUCAGGUUCAACUUCCAGAGGAGUAUACCGGGCAUCCGAAUGUUCCAGAUCCAAUACAACGGAACCUACGAUGACUCUCUGGUUUACAGAAUGAUCCCUUCAAGCAGUAAGAGUAUCUUGGUGAACAACCUGGCGGCCGGUACACAGUACGACCUGUGUGUGCUGGCCAUCUACGACGACCUGGUGACCUCCCUGACCGCCACGCGAGUGGUGGGGUGUGUCCGCUUCACCACCGAGCCACAGUACCUCCGCUGCCACUUCAUGCAGUCCCAGUUCCUGGGAGGCACCAUCGUGGUCAUCAUCGGAGGGAUCAUCGUGGCGUCCGUCUUAGCUUUCAUCAUCUUCCUCAUCGUGAGGUACCGAGUGUGUAACCAAGGCGAUGAGGAUAAGGCUUUGGAGAUGGGUGAGAUCCCAUCUCUGAGCAGUGAUGGUCAGCUCCAGGGCUGCGGCGUCCCCAAGACCAUGUCCAAAUCUCUGUCCAAGCAGAUCCUCCAGCCAGAGAAACCAGAGACGGAGGACCAGGAGUCUCUGAGGGUGGCCCUUCCUCCUCGUAAACCGGUCAAGCAGCAGCAACCCCCAGCCCCAACCACCACCACAUCUACCAAGCCCUCCAUCCCCGACUGCACUGUCUCUACUUCCGCAGCCAGCCACUCCUGGCACCCUGCCUCCCCGGUCACCCUGAGGCAAAAACGGGCCGAUAUCACUGCCACCGGGGGUCCGAAACCCGGAGAAGCUCGCCGAGCCGAAGGCCAGACAGAUGUGGAGUUAGAGAACACAAACCGUAAUAACUCGUCGGAAGCUAAAAUUGCUGCCGCCUUGGCUGUACCUGUUCCUGCCCGUUCCACAAAAUGGACGCCGGUCGCUAGGCGGCCGCGCCCCCCUGGAGCCUCCUCCCACCAUUACAUGACGGUACCUACAGGGGGCGUGAGGGUGAACCGGCGGCACUCGCUGAACGUGGACUCGUACAAGGAGCGCUGCUAUGUCAGCCUGGUACAGCAGCAGCCAAAACCUGGCGGGAGUUUGUGCUCCAAACGCAGUCUGUCCAUGAGCGGAGAAUUGCCCACGUUGGAGAGUGCAAUGGCAAACAUACGCAGAGGCAGAGACAAGCUGUCCCGAUCUGAGUGGCUUCUCGAAAGCACUCUAUGAUCUGGAUUUCACUGGCUUAUAGGUUCUUUGUUUUACUGGAUUGGAUUUGUGGCCCGUCGUGGAGCAUACAGUAACUUUAUGCCUUGUCUUUUAUCUACAAGACCCAUAGAUUCCUCUUGUAUUUCUGAAGACAAGGCAGCAAAACAGGGUUUUAAAAAUGUUUCACAUUUGUUUUUCUACCUAAAAAGCAAAUAUCCUCUCAAAGUCAUCUGUAUAGCGACUUCGGAUAUAACUUUGAUGAAAGGCACAAAAAACUGUAUAAAGCAACUUCAUGUACAAAAAUGUUGAGUUGUGUAACAUAUAGGCUAACACGAUACACCCGUAAGUGUUCAUAUGGUACUGAAUGCAGUAUUCUUGGAAGUCUAGCAUCAUUUAGAGAGAGGGUGAGAAAGGGAUGGAUGAUCAAGUUUGUUAUAACAUUGCCUGUUACUUAAAGUGAUUACAAUAACUGUGUAGACAAUGAAUGGACAUAUUUCUUGUCAUCAGUUUUUCAGACAGUUGGUGACAUGUCUUAAUUAACUUGGCGGCGUUUGGAGGAAUUGUGAAUGUGCAGAGAUGUAGAACACAAUGUAUCCAGUCUGUGUCCCAAAUGGCACCCUAUUCUCUAUAGUGCACUACUUUUUGACCAGGGCUCUGGAAAGUAGUGCACUAUAUAACGAAUAGGGUGCCAUUUGGGCCACACUCCUCAGUCUAGUGACAGAGCUGGAUCUUUUCAUCAAGCCGCACCAGACACACAGCACAAUGCAACAUUGAUGGCAACCCGUCGGUGUCGAUUGAGCCUAAUACUGCCCUCCGGGUUGAAUCAAUACAUUUUUAUCACGUAAUUACACAUACAGACUCACGCUCAUAGGAUUCCUGUCGCAACUGAUAUGACAGUCUAAACCAACACAGACAGGAUUCCUGUCGCAACUGAUAUGACAGUCUAAACCACAGACAGGAUUCCUGUCGCAACUGAUAUGACAGUCUAAACCACAGACAGGAUGACUGGCGCGAUUCCAGUACGUCAGCAGGUGGAUGGGGAUCGAUAAAGGAUUGGUGGUCCAUUUUCAUGUUUUUUUUACUAUUAUUAAGACAUAAUUUGUCAUGUCAGGCCAAGAACCGUUGUAAAUUGACUUGUUGGUAAAGAGAAAACGAAGGCCACAAAAACAGUAGGCUAUCUGAGAAGUCGGCUCUUGAUUUUGCUGUUGUUUCUGUUUGAUGUUUACCAGUAUAA